AUGUUAGCUGAUUCUGGCCUGUUACCACAGUUACAGCUUCACUCUCGCUCGCCUUUAAGAAAUCCUUUAUGCAUUUAUGGUGACCUAGGAUACCUGUUGCGACCUCAGCUACAAACACCAUUUAGAGGCUUGCAUCUCACACUACUACAGCAGCAGUUCAAUACUUCCAUGAGCGCUGUUAGAUCAAGUGUUGAAUGGGUUUUCGGAGACAUAAUCAACUAUUUUAGUUUCCUUGAUUUUAAGAAAAAUUUAAAGAUAGGGUUAAGUGCAGUGGGGAAAAUGUAUAUUGUUUGUGCACUGUUAACUAAUGCUAGAACGUGUGUAUAUCCAACAUCCACAAGUACUUUUUUCAACUUAGGAACACCUUCAUUGCAAGAGUACUUUUCUUAA